AUGCAUACAGCCCUAGUUGCCGGUUGGGCUGGCUCGAUGGCUCUGUAUGAAUUAUCCGUUUUUGAUCCUUCUGACCCUGUUCUUGAUCCAAUGUGGAGACAGGGUAUGUUCGUUAUACCCUUCAUGACUCGUUUAGAAAUAACGAAUUCGUGGGGAGGUUGGAAUAUUACAGGAGGGACUGUAAUGAAUCCGGGAAUUUGGAGUUAUGAAGGUGUAGCUGGGGCACAUAUUGUGUUUUCUGGCUUAUGCUUUUUGGCAGCUAUUUGGCAUUGGGUCUAUUGGGAUCUAGAAAUAUUUUGUGAUGAACGUACAGGAAAACCUUCUUUGGAUUUGCCCAAGAUCUUUGGAAUUCAUUUAUUCCUCUCUGGGGUGGCUUGCUUUGGUUUUGGUGCAUUUCAUGUAACAGGCCUGUACGGUCCUGGAAUAUGGGUGUCCGAUCCUUAUGGACUAACGGGAAAAGUACAACCCGUAAGUCCAUCGUGGGGCGUGGAAGGUUUUGAUCCUUUUGUUCCGGGAGGAAUAGCUUCUCAUCAUAUUGCAGCAGACGUUGAUGGAAUUGUUAGAGCUGAUGUUCCCUUUAGAAGGGCAGAAUCAAAGUAUAGGGUUGAGCAAGUAGGUGUAACUGUUGAGUUCUACGGCGGCGAACUCAAUGGAGUCAGUUAUAGUGAUAUUGCUACUGUAAAAAAAUAUGCUAGACGCGCUCAAUUAGGUGAAAUUUUUGAAUUAGAUCGUGCGACUUUGAAAUCGGAUGGUGUUUUUCGUAGCAGCCCAAGGGGUUGGUUUACUUUUGGACAUGCUUCGUUUGCUUUGCUCUUCUUCUUCGGACACAUUUGGCAUGGUGCUAGAACCUUGUUCAGAGAUGUUUUUGCUGGUAUUGACCCAGAUUUGGAUGCUCAAGUAGAGUUUGGAGCAUUCCAAAAACUUGGGGAUCUAACUACAAGAAGACAUCCAGUCUGA